AUCCGGGGCCUGAUCUCCAACACCAACUACACCCUGAGCAUCUCGGGUGUGACGGGGGGCGGGGUCGGGCGCCCGACGAGGAUCCACGUCUACAUCCGCGCCAUCCUCUUCACGGGCGAGGACGCGCAGUCGUCCUUCCAGCUGAUGGUGAUCGUGGUGGCAGUGCUAGUGGCAGUGACGUGUUCCGUGGUGCUAGUGGUGUGCGUGAGGAUGUCUCGCCUCAGAAGGACGGCCGGAUACCCAACGCUACAGGGGAACGGCAGCUGCAGGUACGUGUCAGCGAACGGCGUGAAGACGGGCCCGGCGCCAGGAACGGCGGAGCAUGAGAGCGAGAUGAGCGCCUAUCAGCCCAUGCUCACCUCGCUGCCGCCCGCCGCCCGCAACCACCACCUCGACACGAAGGGCGGCCCAGGCCUGCAUGAUGACGGCAUCGUUGCCAACUGCCUCCACGAUGUCCAUACGAGUCAGGUAAAAGCGAUAACGCUUGGCAGGAUGAUCACACACCUUCCUAACACCGCUGACGUGGCGAGCACCGGCCUGUUCCCCGCGCGCGACGGAGCCUCCAAGACAGCACGCUCCUGCAGGGCGUCGCGGCGGCGGCCGACCCCAAGAGGAGCCUCGCCGACCCCAAGAGGGACCUCGCCGACCCCAAGAGGGACCUCGCCGACCCCAAGAGAGACCCCGCUGACCCCAGGAGGGAGCCGGCUGACCCCGAGAUCGCUCCUCCCAGAUCGAACGACGCCUAAAACUGACGGGUGAAGGAACGGGUUUAGAGAGUAGCUUAGGUUGGUGCAUCGGGACGAGGCCGCGCGCGGCGGAGGGAGAGGGACCGCGCGCGCCCCGUCGCGGCGCCGCUCCAUUUCCCUCUCUUUUCGUCCUCCGAGGCGCAAACCUCGUCCGGGGAGACGGGCUCGCUGCAGCCGCUCCCAAGGAACACCUCCAGACCGUCGCGUAUCAGGGUCGAGACGUCACGAGACCGGAGAGGAGGCCCGAGCUGAAACUCGCCCUCUCGACUUCCUCGUUAUCCGUGCGUCGACACUGCAUCCCCCUCCCCCCUUCUUGCAUGCGACGCGAGUGCCGGAGGGCCAUGCAGGCCUUAGCAUCGAUACGGGUUUGAGGGCUGGGCGCGGGCGUCGCGAGGCCGCCGCCUGACCUUGCAGAGAGGACUGUUCACAGGCAGGGAGAUCCCAGGGUAUAAAUCAUAGGUACUUGACACCUGUUCGCAUGUGUAGAGAGGUGCUUAUUCCUUUUCUCUUUUUUGUUUUGAUUUGUAAUUCCUUUUUCACAGUUGUUGUUUUUUAUACACAUGGUCCCCGUUAUCCAUUAAUGAUCGUUCGUGUCUGAGCACAUGUGUUUUAUCAUGUGGCUUGCGUGGAGACUGCCUUCGCUGAGGCGUCGGGAAGCGAGGAGGCAGGCAAUCCUCC